CUUCCUUAAAAACAGCUAUUUAAUGCAACUUUGUCAGUGAGUUCUUGACAGUUCUGUCUUAACGAUUCUGAUAUUAAUGAAACAUUUUUGUAAAGGGUUGAAGUGUCUUCCUGGAUUGUCAAUUCAUUAAUGAAGUAUGGCUUGUGUUGAACAAGAUAAGCUGGGUCAAGCGUUUGAAGAUGCUUUUGAGGUACUGAGGCAACAUUCAGCUGGAGAUCUGCAAUACCCCACAGAUUACAAAAAUUACUUGAGUCUCAUCAACCACUGUCCCCACGCCCAUGCCAGAGGAAAUUCCAGCUACUACAGUAUGCUGCCUACAGAGGAACCUGUCUACAGCUGGAGAACAGUAAUAAACAGUGCUUCGGACCUCUAUUUUGAAGGAAAUACCCAUCAGUCUCUGCAGAACAUCCCUGAAAACCAGCUGGUACAACCUCCUGUUCUCCAGCAAAAAGGAGUGAAAGGCAGGAAGAAGCUCCGACUGUUCGAAUACCUUUACGAAUCCCUGUGUAAUCCCGAGAUGGCAUGUUGUAUUCAGUGGGUAGAUAAAAGUAAAGGCAUCUUUCAGUUUAUAUCAAAAAACAAAGAAAAACUUGCCCAACUUUGGGGGAAAAGAAAAGGCAACCGGAAGACCAUGACGUACCAGAAAAUGGCCAGAGCACUGAGGAAUUAUGGAAGAACUGGGGAAAUCACCAAAAUCCGAAGAAAACUAACUUACCAGUUCAAUGAGGCCAUUCUCCAAAGACUCUCUCCACCUCAUCUGUUGGAAAAAGAGAUCUUUUACUCACAGUAUGUUCAACCUGACCAAGAAUAUCUAAGUUUAAGUAACUGGAAUGCAAAUUAUAAUUAUGCAUAUGCCAGUUAUCAUGAGCUAAGUUACCCUAAUUGUGAAAUGUAGUCUUACAUAUUAUGACUUCCUGACAUCAGAAAUGCCUGAACAGGCAAUACAGAUGAUGCAUGAUAGAAUUGUACACUUGAAACCUAAAUAAUUUUAUUAUUCAAUGUCAUCUGAAUAAAGUCAAUAAAAGUAAAAUUAAAUUAAAAAGAAAUCCCUACAAAUUUCAGAAUUUUUCUCUUAAAGCAAAUGCUGAAGAGAAAAAAACUUUAUCAUGGCUAUUUUUUAUUAAGUAGCAUAUAAUCUAUAGUAACUUGGUGAGAUAUUCCACCAGUGAACCAUGUUAAAAUGAUUCAGUCCCAUUUGAAUGCCUGGACUAAAUGUCCUUGCCCUUACUAUUAUCUGUGCAAUACUUUCUUCUAGAUUAACAAUACCAGUAGAGAGGCUUUGAUUUAUAUACUCAUUUAAACAUUAUUUUCCUGCCAUACCCCAAAAAAUGACUAACAUAUCUGAUGGCCUUAGCAACAAAACAAAUACCAAUUGUGAUGAUAGUGUUUAUUUCAUUCCAAAACACAUGUAAUGGCUUUACAAUCUUCAGCAGCUAUUGUGAACUUAUAUUUUCUCUGCACUCGGACCUCAUGGCCUGUAACCCUGGGUGCCAAAGAAAAGAAGGUCUAAGGAAAAUACCACUUAAAGUUUAUAUCUUCCACAAAUUAUUGCCUUGGAUUUCUCCUCCCUAGGGUAGAUCCAGAAGCUAACGUUUCUUGCUCUCCUGCCACUCAGCCACAGGGAGGUGCUCUUGCCCUGUUAGCUAACUGGCCCAACCUUGUAACCUGAUCUCCUUUUCCCCUUGAACUAGCCCAGCUGAGACCCAACUGGAGUAGUUGGAAGAAAAAAAAAAGAGAGUUUGAUAAAUGAUAGAAACUAGCAAAUAAUAUGCCCAGAGAGAAACCAGAAUUUAGUCAGUCUGACUUGAAAACGAUGGUUUCAUCUCUACAGUCCAAAAGGAACCCUGGGAAGACAUACUUUUUUUUCUUCCUGUUUGGUAGGUUCUUGCAUGUGCCACAGAGCUUCCCAGACUACAUGGGCUGUUUUCAUCCAGGUCAAGAGUCCUAUUCAGUUUGUAGCAUUCCCUCUCACCUCUUUUUUCUUUGUGUCCAGGUGGCCUUCCUUCCCAGGGCCUCUUAAGAAGAACAUAUGUGGGUUAUAAAACAAGCAACAGACGAACAAUCAAACACAUAGGUUGUCAGAAGGGAAGGAGUCAGGGAGAGGACACGGUAAAGAGGAUCAAAUAUAUGGUAACAGAAGGAAACAACUGGUGAGCACACAACUGAGCAUACAGAUAUAACGUACACCUGAAGUUUAUAUAUGUGAUUAAAUGUUAUUUCAAUGAA